AUUAACACACUCCCCUUAAUCCUAAUCUCGUUGUUCCCUAAGGCCUCUAAACUCAAGAAGAGUUGGUGGGAGCAGAGAAUGAAAGUUGAAAUAGAAGAAGGCAUGAACCAAUCUCUUCUUGCUGAAUCUUCACAGCAAAACAACUUCCCUUCUCUUAUCAAACGCUUGUAUGUUGGCCACUUUCUGGCUAGAUGGGGAGCAAGAAUGUGGGAAUUCUCUGUUGGUUUAUACAUGAUCAACCUUUGGCCAGACUCUCUGCUCUUUGCUGCUAUUUAUGGUGUUGUGGAAGCUACAUCUACUGCAAUAUUUGGUCCUGUUGUUGGGCAGUGGGUGGAUAGGUUGACAUAUGUUCAGGUUCUCAGACUCUGGUUGUUGACCCAAAAUCUUUCCUUUAUUGUUGCUGGAGGCACAGUCAUAGUAUUACUAGUCUACUCAAGCUUGAAGUUGACAAAUUUUCCGGCAUUCCUAUCACUUGUCGUUUUAACUAAUAUUUCUGGAGCAGUUGGUGUGCUUUCAACUCUAGCUGGCACCAUUUUGGUAGAAAGAGAAUGGGUGGUGGUGAUUUCAAAUGGAAAAUCUCCAGAAGUAUUGACAAAGAUGAAUUCAGUCAUCAGAAGGAUCGAUCUGAGUUGCAAGCUAUUUGCCCCUGUGUUUAGUGGCUUAAUUAUUAGCUUCGUAUCACUGAAAGCAUCUGCAAUGACUUUAGCACUGUGGAAUUCUAUAUCUGUUUGGUUGCAGUAUUGGCUUCUAAAGUCUGUUCUUAAUGGAAUUCCGGCUCUAGGUGAAAGCAAUCAAAAAAGGAUGGCGAGACUUGCCCCAAGUGAUUCAUUACAGAGUACAUAUAUUUCAGAGGACACACAGAGUUUGCUUUCUUAUGCGGAAAGUGAUUUAGAAAUGAGAGAGCAGAAUUGGAAAAGUAAAAUAAUUCAACAGAUUUCAAAGAUCCCAUACAUAGACGCAUGGAGUGUAUACUUACAGCAAGAAGUGGUGCUUCCCGGAGUUGCACUAGCUUUAUUGUAUUUUACUGUCUUAAGCUUCGGAACAUUAAUGACGGCUGCUCUGGAAUGGAAAGGGAUACCUGCUUAUGUUAUUGGUAUAGCACGUGGAGUGAGUGCUAUAGUUGGAAUAGCUGCAACAGUUUUGUACCCGCUUGUACAAUCGCGUAUUUCAACUCUUCGAACAGGAUUAUGGUCAAUCUGGACUCAGUGGACCUUGCUGUUUGUAUGUGUUGCUUCAAUAUGGGUACAGAACAGCUUCAUCUCAGCAUGGAUGUUGAUGGGAGGAGUUGCAGCAUCUCGUCUUGGAUUGUGGAUGUUUGACUUAGCUGUUAUACAGCAAAUGCAGGAUCAUGUUCCUGAAUCUGAUCGUUGUAUUGUGGGAGGUGUCCAGAACUCACUUCAGUCUAUGUUGGAUUUGUUGACUUAUGUCAUGGGAAUAAUCAUCUCCAACCCACAGGAUUUUGGGGACUUGAUAAUCUUGUCAUUUGUAUUAGUAACACUAGCUGCAGUACUCUAUACUUUGCAUAUCUAUCGUGUUCGGAAGCACCUCUUUCAUUUUGACAAGCUAUUUUGAAGGAUCCGCUGGUAAUGAUAUCAUAAGGUAAAUGAGAUGCAUUUGUGAAAGCUCUU